GAGGCCGCUUUGCGCGGCGCCCAGCCCGCCCUCCCGCCAUGGCCCCGCGCGCCCUGCGGCGCCGCCCGCCGUCCCCGCUGCUGGCGCUCUGCGCGCUGCUCGGCUGCCUGCAGGUGACUUUUCAGAUCACCCCUCCAUGUGCCAGCGAGAGGCACUAUGAGCGUUUUGGACGGUGCUGCAACAAAUGUGAGCCAGGAACGUACAUGUCUGCCAAAUGCACUACUACCUCGGAAAGUGUCUGUCUGCCCUGCGGCAGGGAUGAAUACUUGGACACCUGGAAUGAAGAAGACAAAUGCUUGCUGCACAAAGUCUGCGAUACAGGCAAGGCCCUGGUGGCGGUGGAGCCCGGGAACCGGACGGCCCCGCGGCGCUGCGCCUGCACGGCCGGCUACCACUGGAGCGAGGACUGCGACUGCUGCCGCCGCAACGCCGAGUGCGCGCCCGGCUUCGGCGCCCCGCACCCGGUGCAGCUCAACAAAGACACGGUGUGCGAGCCCUGCCUUGUAGGCUAUUUCUCCGACGCCUUUUCUUCCACAGAAAAAUGCAAACCCUGGACCAACUGUACCAGUCUUGGACAGAUGGAAGCACAGCAUGGGACCGAUAAAUCAGACGUGGUCUGUAGUUAUUCUCUGACGUUUACAGAACUACCCAAUGAGCCCCAGAUUUUCUUGCCCAGUUUGAUCAUCCUGCUUCUCUUCGUAUCUGUGGCAUUAGUCGCUGCUGUCAUCUCUGGUGUUUACUACAGGAAAAAAGGGAAAGCACUAACAGCUAAUUUGUGGCGCUGGGUCAACGAGACAUGUGGCCACCUAAGUGGAAAUAAGCAGGAACCCUCAGGGAGCAGCUUUGGCCGCACUCCUCUGGAAGCCUCCAGCCAGCGGGGACUCUGCGACGGGGUCUUACUGCUGACCCUGGAGGAGAAGCUGUUCUCGGAAGACCUGUGCUGCCAGGUGGGAGCGGGGGCCUGCGGGGACGCCCAGGCAGAAGACACCAGGAUGCUCACCUUGGUCAGCGAGGUGGAGGGCGACUCCUUCAAGCAGAUUCCCACGGAAGACGAGUACGUGGACCGGCCGCCCCACCCCCCAGGCUCCUUACUGCGCCUCGCUGGGCCGGGAAGCAGAUGCUCACCCCCUUUCCCGGAGCCCCUGGAGGUGGGGGAGGAUGACAGUCUAAGCCAGGCCUUCACUGGAACGGAGAGCUUGCCGGAUGCUGAAAGCUGCCAUGUAGCCGCCGAGCCCCCGUGCAGGACCGAUUGGAUGCCCGUGGCCUCCGAAAAGUACUUGCAAAGGGAAGUGGAGGGCGGCCACUGUCCCCACUGGGCGGCCUCCACUCCAGCAGAUAGCUGCACAGGCUGCGGGAGCCCUUCUAGGGAGGACCGGGAACCCUUUUUGGAUUCCCUCAAAAGUGGACCCUUGCCCCAGUGCGCCUACGGCAUGGGCCUUCCGCCUGAAGAAGCAGCUGAAGAGGCGGAGGGCGGAGGCCAGCCCUGGGAGCAGGCUGAUGGGCAGCCUCCCAGAUCCAGCAGGGCAGGUCCUGGGGCUGGAAGCCCCUCCAGUGAGCAGCCGCCUGCAUCCGGAAAUGUGACUGGAAACAGUAACUCCACGUUUAUUUCCAGCGGGCAGGUGAUGAAUUUCAAGGGCGACAUCAUCGUGGUCUACGUCAGCCAGAACUCCCAGGAGGGCCCGGCGGGGCCAGGCGGCGGCGCUGGGGAGCCGGUGGGCCACCCGGUGCAGGAGGAGAGCCCGCCGUGCUGCGACUCGUUCGCGGGCCUCGGGCCACGCUUCCCGGACCCGUGCAGCGGCCCGGAGCCGGAGCCGGAGCCGGACAAGGCCUCGCGGCCGGUGCAGGAGCAGGGCGAAGCCCAGCCCCGCGCGCCCUGGGCGCAGCGCUGAGCGCCCGGCACCCGCGGUGGCUCUCGGCACUCCGCGGAUCGGGGAUGCCGCCGGAUCAGCCGCGACUUCCCGGCCAUCAGCCCACCCUCCGCAGCCCACCCUCCGGCCUGCAGCACCACAGGGACCUCGUACCCAUGGGGGCUGCGGGCCGCGUGGGCCCCGAGCACCUGCACCUGGCCGGGCGGGGCGGGGUGCGGCCGGGGAUCUGCCUGCACGUGGCUCCAAGCGGUACAACUGCGUCCAGUUACCUGACAUUCUCCACCCACCGUGCUAUUCGUUGAAUCGGGGCUUUUAAAAAAACGCAAACAGGGUUUCACCCCUCACUGGCGUGCAGUCACAUACCAGCUGAUGACUCAGGUACACGUUGCUCUAGUUUGGUGGCUCCACUUUUACUUCCUUUUAUGGUUUUUCCUCCCUCCCAAUACCCUGAGGUUAUUUCCUCAGUAGUCCCUCUCUUUGUGACAUGUUUUUAUGGCGGUCCUGUUGUAUUUGGGUCUGUGCUUUUCCUCUCCUGUGUUUGCAUUUCACUUAAUCUCAUAACAUUUUUCUCCUCCUCCACCCCCACUUUUUUACUAUUUAAGGAUUUUUCUUGAAUUUUCCCAAGGGUGAUGGUGUUUAUGUGUUCUCUGUUGUGCCCCUUCUCAUAAGAGUAGGAAGCUGUGUUUCGGUAAUGCCUGGUGCGAGGGGUGGGGGUGAGGGAGUGUUGGGGUCUGUACUAAGCACUUUUGGGGAAAAGGUUAGAAAUGUGAAGCCUGGAAGGAGGCUCAGGGAACAAGUGGAGGGACUUUGUGUUUUUGAAAAUAUUGCUGAAUUCCCAUUUUUCUAAAAGACGGAAAAGGGGAAACCCCUUUUCUCUCUCUGAAUGUUUUUGUUUUGUCCAUGGUUAGGCAGAACUGAGAUGAAGUGUGCAUCCUCCUCCCCAAAUCAUCCCUGUGGGGAAUUUAUUCACCCCUUCCAACAGAGGCAGCCAGGUACUGCUAUAAAUAAACCCCUAAAAAUGCCGGCUGCUGCAGCUUUACUUCCUCAUUCUUGAUGCCUCUCCGGGAAACGAUGUGGAGUGAAUGGGGCUCAGGGAUAGCCUGCACAGAGUGAAAAGAAGGUGCUAGGGAAGUUCAAGAAAGAAAGCAUACAGUUGAAAAGUUAAUAUGCAUUUUCUUUCUCUAAACCAGAGUGGCAUAAAUGCUAUAGGCAACAGGCCUUAUUUUCUUCCUAAGUAGAAGUUAGCCGCACAGAAGUGGAAAACUCUCCUGCUAUUUUCCAGUGCAUUUGAAUUAA